UUUUCAAUAACGAUACGGCCAAUAGGAUUAAAGACAAAUGAGGAACGAAAGCAAUAGCGCUAUCCCAUAAUGCUUUGUUAGGCAGCGGAGCAGAGAGAACAGAACUGACUGCAGCUGGUAUAUAGCAUCGACUAUAAAGGUAGGGAUUACAGUACAGACCGUGCGGCUACAGAAUAUACUGGAGCAACCGCGUGCUGACAGGGUGAAGUGAAAUUGCAUCAAAGGAGUUUCUGUGCACCUCUUACACACUGCUCAUCACAUCCGGUGCCUGAGUUGUCAUCAUGAAUUUCCUCAGAAGACGCCUCUCGGACAGCAGCUUCGUGGCUAACCUGCCCAACGGCUACAUGAUGGACCUGCAGCGGCCCGAGAGCCCCACAUGCUCUCCCGUUUCCCCGGCAACAGAGCGCAAACAGCAGCAGCAGCCACCAGCCUCAGCUUCAGCCACUGGGGGCGGCUUCCUCAGCUCCCUGUCCAAUGCAGUGAAGCAGAGCACACAGGGCACGGCCGGACAGGCAGAGCCGCCAGCGAACACCACGCCCAUCGUACGCAAACCCAAGAUCCUGCUGGUCAUUGACGACGCGCACACUGACUGGGCCAAGUACUUUCGAGGGAAGAAACUGAACGGGGAAUAUGAGAUAAGAGUGGAACAGGCGGAGUUCUCUGAGAUUAACCUGGCUGCCUAUGUGAAUGGGGGAUGUAUGAUAGACAUGCAGCUCGUCAGGAAUGGCACUAAAGUGGUCCGGUCUUUCAAGCCUGACCUAGUCCUGGUUCGCCAGCAUGCUUACAGCAUGGCCCAGGGAGAAGACUUCCGCAGCCUCAUCAUCGGGCUGCAGUACGGAGGGGUUCCGGGGCUCAACUCCCUGCACUCCAUCUACAACUUCUGCAGCAAACCCUGGGUGUUUUCCCAGCUGAUAAAAAUCUUCCAAUCCCAGGGGCCAGAAAAAUUCCCUCUCACUGAGCAAACAUUCUACCCCAAUCACAAGGAGAUGCUCACAACAGCGACCUUUCCUGUAGUCGUUAAGCUCGGGCACGCUCACGCCGGUAUGGGCAAGGUGAAGGUGGAGAGUCAUUCUGAUUUCCAAGAUAUAGCCAGCGUGGUGGCUCUGGCGAAAACCUACGCUACCACUGAGCCUUACAUCGACUCCAAGUAUGACGUCAGGAUCCAGAAGAUAGGCAGCAAUUACAAAGCCUACAUGAGAACCUCCAUUUCUGGCAACUGGAAAGCGAACACUGGAUCUGCAAUGCUGGAGCAGAUUGCCAUGUCUGAUCGAUACCGCAUGUGGGCAGAUUCCUGUGCUGAGAUGUUCGGGGGCCUGGACAUCUGUGCAGUGAAGGCAGUCCAUGGCAAAGACGGGAAAGACUACAUCAUUGAGGUGAUGGACAGCUCCAUGCCGCUGAUUGGAGAGCAUGUGGAGGAGGAUCGACUGCUCAUAGCAGACCUGGUUAUAACUAAAAUGACUCAGCUUGUCACAGGCACCCACUCGCCUCAGCCACCUCUUGCAUCUUCACAGCCCCAGCAGAUUCAGCCCCAGCCAAUGAAGGCCCAAACCCAGCCUCAGCCUGGUCCUGGAGCCCAGCCCAAGCCAGCUUCUCAAGGUGGCCCUUGUCCAGCGACGGGGCCCCAGGGGUCUCAGCUCCAGAACCCCCAGCAGCAGAGUGCCUCCCAACCACAGAAAUCACCGGGACCCCCCCAGCAAGCCAGGUCUGCCAGCACCUCCCCCAACCAGGCCUUCAAGCCGGGCACUUUCCCACCGCAGCAGCCCAGGAAUGCUACACAGGGGCAGCCAGGACCCAGCACAGCUCAGAGACAAACCCCACAGUUAAAUAAGUCUCAGUCUCUGACGAAUUCCUUCAGUGUCUCCGAAACGCCCCAGCGUGGGAAUGGGAUCGAGGAUGAGGCCAAGGCAGAGACCAUCCGCAGCCUGAGGCAGUCCUUCGCCAGCCUCUUCUCCGAUUAACUCACCCCCUCCCCGAGGAACCCUUGAGAGAGCCGCAGAGCUGGGAACCUCCCGACACCCAACAGGAGGCAGCGAUUCACUGCGUCCCUCGAUUUGAAGCUGCUUCUCAACGCAAACUGGGGUCCACACUCAGCAGAGUCUUGUGGGGCACUGGAAGGGAUCUGAAUUCACUAAAGCAUUUGCUCUUAGGGAAACUUUUCUCUACCCGUUUGUUAAUAAAGAACUUGAUAAUGUUACAAAACUGAUAGAUAUAUACUUGAAUUACAGGAGAUAUAACCCUUUAAGGUACACAAGGAAUUGAACGGUUGCUCAAACGGUUUCUUCUUAAAUACAUUUGAGAGCGACUCAAGUAUCACGAUGAGGAAGUUGACAAUUUGGACAGAUCGAACCAGGCAGUACAUUUUUAACCCUGUUUCGUGCACCUCAUUGCAAAAAUAAUAAAGUUAGCAUCAUUUUAUUUGUGGGACACAUGCACUAUGUCCCUUGUACCUUCAAGGGCUAACCCUGCUACAACCCCUUCAGUCCCUGUGUCUAUAAUUGCACCAUGCUGACUUUCCUAUCUGUGCUAAACUUUAUAAUGCAUACUGUACAUGUUGGCAAGGCAAUUUAUUAUCGUUCUAGAAAUUCAAUAACAAAAUUGUGUCGGAAGGGGAAAUAAUAAUAAUAAUAAAAAUACAGUCCAGGUUUACAAGUUUUUGGGUGGCAGUGUUAAGAUUUGCCGCUGUUUGAGAUCAUUAAAAUAGACCCCUGCCUGUUAAUUUAACCUAAUACGUUGUUUUGUAACAUUAGCAGGUUUUUGUUCUUUCUGUUUUUUAUGAAACGCUGGUGGAUUUCACUCCUGGUCCCUGCUUUUAACAUUCACUUCUUUCAUGAAGGAGUUGUUUUAUUUCUAUGUAUUUUUUUGUUCACUGUGCACUUUGCUAAACUAUUUGAAUGUUACACUAAUUAUUUCUUUAUGAAACUCUUGCUAGGCGUCUUUAACAAUAGUCUAGAAUUUUUUUUUAAUCCACCACCAAAA